GGGUACCGCGUACAACUUAUCCUGGGUCAAGUCAACACUUGGGUCUCAUCGUCACCAAAGCCCCAAGCUGUAUUUGAUCAUUCAGGACAUGCUGAGAAAUGACAUAGUGUCAACCGUCAUCCCAAGAAUACCCAAACCAGGUCGCUGGCAGCCAUCCCUAUGCGUUUAGUACUACUCGGUCUAACACGGGCCGAGAUAAUCGGGUAGAUGACCAAAGGGAAAGAGCGGCGUGGAGCGAACAGGUGAUCAAUUGCCACAGCACGCUAACUUACUGUUAAACAUGCUAUCUUCCGGUCUCAGUCUCGUCGCAUUCUUCAUGGCCUUGUCAGGCCUGGUCUGGGCGGGCGGCGUAUCGGUCCACUACGUCCAUGACCAUCCCCAUUGUAUCGUGACCAGCAACGGAAAUAACACUAAUGAUGUUCCGAUCCUAAAGGAGGCAUUCCAACUGUGCGGAAAACACGGCAGUAUGACGUUCCCGGAGGACCAGGACUUCUGGAUUGCAGAGAAGUUCAAUCCCGUCGUGGAUGACGUCCAGAUCCAGUGGUACGGGAAAUGGACGUUUUCGGACAACAUUACGUACUGGAGGAACAACUCAUACCAUAUAGCAUUUCAGAACCACUGGGCUGGCUUCGUGCUCACCGGACAAAAUAUUACCAUCAACGGCGGGGGCACGGGCGGAGUACACGGUAAUGGAGACCUCUGGUAUACUGCAGAGGCUGGCAAUACUCAAGCCGGGCGGCCUAUGCCUUUCGUGCUGUGGAACGUCUCUGAUGUUGUAGUGAGGAACUUUUCGAUCUGGCAACCCCAACUAUGGGCAUUCAACAUCAUAAACGGGUCAAAUAUCCUAGUUGAGAAUCUCUAUGUCAAUGCCACGGCGACCGAGGCACCGAGCGGCUCCAACUGGGUCCAGAAUACUGACGGCUUUGACACUAUGGAUGCCCGCAACGUGACGCUAAGGAAUUUAGAUUAUACAGGCGGCGACGACUGCAUCGCCAUCAAGCCUCGCUCUUACGACAUUCACGUUAGCAAUAUUACGUGCCAUUCCGGAAAUGGCCCCGCCAUCGGGAGCCUAGGCCAGUAUCUGGAGGACAGCAGCGUGGAGAACGUUACAGUGACAGACCUCAGGGUGAAAAAUCGCUCGGGCUUCUACAUCAAAUGCUGGACCGGUGCUCUCGUCUACCAGAACUCUUACGAGAGCGAAUAUCAGCCCCGGGGUGGUGGCUGGGGCUUAGCGCGCAACAUCACGAUCGAAAACCUCGACGUCACUGGCGCUUCACAAGCUCUUUAUAUCACCCAGGAAAAUGGCGAUGAUGGCAACCAUGCGGGCAGCAGCAAAAUGGCCAUCUCGAAUAUCACAGUACGCAACGUUACGGGUACCUUGUCAGGAGAGAGCAACACGAUACCCAUAUCGUGCAGUAAUGUUUAUCCCUGCGAUGGGAUUCUUCUCGAGGGUUUCGACCAGCUGGGCUUAUCGGGCGAUGCCACAACCCUCAGCUGCACGUACGUCGCUGAUGGCGGGGUGACCGGGGUUGGUGGCUGUUGAACACGGUAACAAUCACAUGCGCUUGUCUUGUCUUCAUCGAAAGUAGGCAUCGAAAUGCGCGUUGUUGGUUCGUUUACGAGAGGCAACCUGGAUUGAGAACAGGCGUACGCAAAUAUGCAUGACGGCAACUGUAUGUUAAUUGGAUAGGAUCAUCAGGUACACGGACCACAUAGCACAGGCAGGUAAGGUAGCAUUCUUGCAA